AUGAAGGCUGCAAUGGCGACAUGUAUGCCGCGGCUGGUACGCGGAGGCGGCUGCCGCGUGUCGACGGCGCGUCCGGCAGCGUCGGUCUCCCUGCUCGAGCGCAUUCGUGAUGUCGUGCUCCGGCUCAUCAUGCUUUCCGCCGUAUCCAGGGCCUCCACGCAGCGCACCAGCAGCAGCGGCAGCGGCAAGUCGUCCAAAGCCUCGUCGCCAGGCGAUGCCAGCCGGCACCGUGAAUCUGACGCGUGCGUGGCAGCGGCAGCGGCAGCGGCGUGCCGUCGGGACGACUCCAUCAUGAAUGAGGCCGUGGAGGACUGCAUCGAGUUCCUCAAACGGUCCUCGGCCGAGGGCGACGCCGCCAAGCUCUCCACUGCCAGCACCGCCGACGCCAAACUGACCGAAGUAGGUGGCGAGGACAAAGAGACCGGGGCGUUCUUCAUCCUCAACGUCGAGGCACGGCGUGGGGUCUCACCGAGCAGCGGGUGUAGAGAAUCAAUAUAG